ACUAAGUGAUUAAAUACAAAAUUAUGAAAAUAUUUAAUUGUGAUUUAUUUCAGACAAAGAAAAAGCUUCAAGACUAAUGCAAACACCUUAUGUAUUUACACAUGGGCACACAUGUGCGAAUCUUUUCCUACAACGGUGAGGUGUUUCGCGGGAAAACGGUGAUUCCGCAGACAUGCCUUUUUUCCCAAACAGUGACUCAUCGGCACAAAAGUCAAUUGUUAGGGUCGCUCAUACCCCCACCGCGACCUCAAGGCACACACGUGAGGUCUACAACACACGAGAUUUAGUUUUGGAACAGCUGUUUUUGUCUACACGUUGACUUUUUUGCUGCCGUACGAUGUUAAUCAGAAAUUUAGUGCUUCGUUUUAUGACACUCUGCUGGCGUCUUCGGGAGGAAAUGUAGAACACAUUACGUGGAUAUGAAUUAAAGUGUGUCGAUACACCCAGAGAAAAUGACAGACUCAGCACUCAGCGUGCAUAAGAAACAUUUAAUCAAGGUUUUAGUUUUUAUUCGUUGUUUUAAGUUUUUGCUCAAUUAAUUUAAUGUAGGUAGUAGAAAGCUUCAAGAUAUACAUACAUAUAUACAUUGACUUCCUGUGAAGACUUAGAGUUUAAGAAAAUAUUAUAGAUAGAAGAAUGAAGAUAAAAUACUCACAGAGUUUUGAAUUUUCAUGACUUUAGAAUAUUUCUUCAACCGUUUGGAAAAUUUCCCAUUUUCCAAUGUCACAGAAAAAGUUAAAUUUACCCACUGAAAAUGAAUACUAAAGAACGUCAUACUGCGAGGCACAAUUGUAGUUUUUUUUACGAGUUCUUGUCUGUCGAAUAAAUCAGGAGUAUAAGUCUGUAAAAUAGAACCUGGCAACUCUCUAUUUAGUAGGCAAAAGGUGUGCAAAAAUAGCGAUAUAAUUUGCCCGUAUUAAAUUAUAAAAUUAUCAAAGUGAGAACACAAACGGCAUAUCUUUAUAAAUGCGUGAAGAACCGAUUAAACAAUGCUUAUUUAAAGCACAUGAUUAUACGUUCUUGAGUCCAGUUUAAGAGAACAACCUCAACGUACAACAUCUUAUUCUUAAAAGGAAAAUUCAACAUUGUAUAAAAUCAAUAUAAUGUUCAAUAGUUGUUUUGUUAUUUUCUCCACAAUUACGGUUGUCUUGACCACACCACUUUUCAAAGAAGCUUCAUACUAUGGAGACCAUGCUGAAGAACAAGGAGAUUUCUUUGAGGGUGAUAUGAUCCUCUCAGAUGAACAAUUGUUCAAUAUUGUGUCAAAGAAUGUUCUCAAAGAUGAAAAAUUUCGCUGGCCAGACAAUACCCUCAUCUACUCCCUGUCCGAUGACUUUUCCGAUGAACAAAAGUCCUACAUAAAACAAGGCCUAGAUACAAUCGCCGGGGUUAGUUGCGUGAAGUUUCGAGAGAAGAAUGACUUGGAUGAAAAUUAUGUUCUUGUUUCUGGUACAAGCGGUAAAGGAUGCUCCUCGGCGGUAGGUUACAAAACUGGCGUUCAAAACCUUAAUCUAUCGCCGAAUGAUUUGGAAAAAGGAUGCUUUCGCCUUGGAACAAUUAUGCAUGAAUUUCUGCAUGCUCUUGGGGUCUAUCAUCAACAAAGUGCAGACAACAGAGAUGAUUAUGUUGAAAUUAUUUGGGAUAAUAUUAAGCCGAGCAAGGAGCUGAAUUUUCAAAAAUAUUCAACUGACACAACUACCCAGCUUGGCGUUGAAUAUGACUACGAUAGUGUUAUGCACUACCCCAAGACUGCCUUUACAUCAAAUGGAAAACCAACAAUUGUCCCAAAGAAGGAAGAUGCACGAAUUGGCCAAAGAAUGAAAUUAAGUGAAGGGGAUAUUGCUAAACUUAAAUUAAUGCAUAAUUGCUAAGUUCUAAGAAGUUCUAUUAAAAUUUCCUACAUUUGCUAUGAGUAUAAUCUGUUAAUUUGCUUUGAAUUUUAAUCUGCAAGAAAAAACCUUAAUCCGAUUUAUACGUGUUUUCAAACCAACGAAAUUAAUUGUACGACGGAAGGAGGCAUUUUAAAGUUUUAAUUAAAAUAGCAAAUCGCUUUAACUACGUGAACCAUUAAA